AUGUUGAUUAAAUUCGGAUUGAUGGAAAAAAUCACAGAGGAAAAUGGUACAAUCAGCUGGAAUAUUCAGAAUGACACGAACAAACUAUCCGAAUUCUAUUCAACAUUCAACGUCGAUUCACCGUUUGGAUUGACAUGUGAGUUCUGCAAAUUAAAAUUCUCACAGCAACUACCAACAGAGAAUGAGAACAGAAUUUCACACCAAUCGGCCGAAACGAGCAAAAACCAACAAAAGAAUAUUGAAACACCACAAAUAUCACCUGUGAACGGUGUAUAUGCCAUUCACGUAUCACGAAUGCCAAAAGAAACCACAACCGAUGAUGUUGCUGCUCUUAUCAUAGUUUUUGCCAAACAGCAAUUAUUCUUUUUGGAAUGGAACACCGUAUCACAUUAUGCCACCUCAAAUGUACACUCACAACACAAUGCCAAUACAAAUGAUCCAACCAUUACACACACAUCCAAUGUACCAGCCCUUUUAAACAUAUCGAACAUGCAUCAACAGACUCGAAAUCAAGGAAUUCCAUAUUGCUUAGUGCAUUCGCAAAAUUGUAAUGGCCUGAAAAGCAGAUUGCCUCAAUUCAAUGCUGAUGUACUAACAAAUAACGCAAAAAUUUACAUGAUAUGUGAGGAUAAACUCGACGAUUCGGUCAAUUCUUCGGAGGUAUUUCCCCCAAAUUUCAACGUUUACCGUUGUGAUCGUUCCGAGGAAACUGAAUUGUGGCAAAAGAUUAAAAAGAAACGAGGCGGCGGUGUUCUGAUUGCCAUCGAAAAAUCAAUCAAAUCUCAACUCGUCGGCACAGGAGCAUCAUUCGGCGCUGAACAAAUAUGGGCCAAGAUAAUAUUGAACAACAGAAAUAUUUUCUUAGUCGAGGCCUACCUCAGACCGGAUUCUCCAGUUGAAGUCUACGAAGCAAAUAUGGGAGCACUACGGGAAAUCACUGCAAAAAUGCAAACUGAAGAUGUUCUCAUCCUUUCAGGUGACUUCAAUUUACCUAAUUUAUCCUGGUUCACUGAUGACAACGAUGAUCCAGAAAUUGCGAUUCCAAUUAAUGCAUCAGGAAAGAAAGAAUUGAUCAUUCUCGAUACAUGUCAUGAAUUGGGAUUGCAUCAAAUCAACAAGCACAGCAAUAAUAAUGGAAAUAUGCUCGACUUAAUUUGGACAAACUGUGUAGACAUCGUUUCAUGUCAGCCUGCCGAACAUCAUUUAUUGAAUCAUGAAUCACAUCACAUUUCUUAUUCGAUAAAAAUCCACGGCUUGGAAAUGAAGCAAAACAAAGUCACAUCUCAAAUUGAGUACCGCAAUUUCAUGGGCGCUGAUUAUGAUACCAUUAAUGAGAAACUAUUCACUGUAAAUUGGGAUGAUGUUCUCACUGGAACAAACUUGGAUACAGAUAUUAACCAGUUCUAUAAUAUCAUCAAUUCCGUUGUUUCAGAGAAUGUCGAGCUGAAAACGAAAACGAUUUCAAACCAUCCAAAAUGGUUCACCAGCGAACUCAUAAACAUAAAGAAUCGUGUCAACACACUGCAAAGACGGAAAAAGUCAUGUUCUUCAACUGAAGCAAUUGUGAAGCAUGCUGAUUUGAGAAGACAAUAUAAGUCAUGCGCUCGAUUAGCCUUCAAGAAUUACAAGUUGGAAAUGGAGCAGCUAAUUGAUAAAGAUCCAACGAAAUUUUUCGAAUAUGUCAAUUGCGUCCGAAAAACUCAUGAUGAUUUACCCGGUGAAAUGGAAUAUAAUGGCGUUAAGUUGAACUGUCAACAAGAUAUUGCCGAUACAUUUGCCAAACAUUUUGAAAAAGCGUACACCAAACAAAAUGAUGUUCAAACUGACAGUUACAAGGACUGUGAAUCGCUUCUCCGUGAUUUAUGCAUCAAUAUUCCAACGAUUGAAAUCACUGACGACAUAAUUUUGGAGACAGUAAACAACCUUCCAAAUAACACAGUAUCUGGGCCAGACGGAAUACCGAACAUUUUCAUCAAAAAAUGUAUUCACACGUUGGUAAAGCCGAUUACUCACAUAUUGAGUGAAUCAUUAAAGACCGGCUUUGUACCAGACAUUUGGAAGCGAUCUUAC